AUGGUAGACGUCACGACAGAAAUUUCGGAAAAAAAGCAAACGGUAAGCAAAUUCGCCGGUGAAGCAUUCGAUGUGGGCAGUGUGCGUACUGUUUUUGCUGGAGCUUCAAAAGAUAACAUCAAGCGUAGUGAUCGCGUUAUUUUAUUAAUUGGAUCAACUGGAAGUAAUAAAUCGAAUCUAAUUGAUUGUAUGUGUAAUUAUUUUUAUGGUGCUAAAUUUGAUGGUAUUCGAUAUAAAAUCGCCAAUGAAAUAUUCGAUCGAGGAAGCACGCCGAUCAAAUCGAUCACCAAAUAUGUGUUCAAUGCAACGGCUAUGCCAUUUCGACCAAUAAUAAUCGAUACGCCAGAAAUUGCUAACGACAGUGAAAUAGCAACGAAAGAUGCAACGGCUUGUGCAUUGCACGAUUUUCUAAUUGAAAGUCAACAUCUUCAAAUAAAUGCCUUAUGUCUUGUUUUAAAAUUUGAUGAAGAAUCGAUUAGUAAGAAUGAAACAAUAGUACAGGAAACGAUCAAUUUAUUUCCACCUUAUAUGUUACCGAGUACAAUAAUACUCUUUUCAUCAAACGAUGAAAAGCCUUUCCUUCCACCAUCGAUCAAACUUGUGUUACGUCAUCUAAAUUUGAAUUAUAACAAAUAUUAUUUCUUCAAUGAUCAUUUCCUGCAGCCCAAGAAAGGAAAUAAAGAAGACGAUGAAAUAGAAAAGCAAAAAGCGAGAUUGAGUUGGAAUUUAUCAAUGGGUGAAUUAGAUCGCUUCUUCGAACAAAUCAGAUAUUUGAGUCCGCGAUCAAUUAUUCCUGACGAAAAUAUCGAAUUCUCUGGUAACGAUAUGCUACAGCGUACGUCAAAUUUUACACAAUCUUCUACAAGAAAUAUUCCAUAUGAACGGAUUAUUCCCAUAAAACUAAUCGGUGAAGAAUCAACAAAUGUCAAAACAUUGACAGCUCUAAAAGACUGGAAUUCUUCUGAAACACCUGUCAUCAAACGAUAUGUCUAUGAUCCGGGAACGAUGACACAUAGAGAAUAUGUGAUGAAAUUACAAAACGAGGAAAAAUUAUCAGGUGGAGAAUAUCCCAAUAUUCAAAAUUUUGAUGCAGUGUCAUCAAAACAUAAGCCACAUGAGACAUUGAUCAAUGAUAUUCCGCAAGAGAAUCGAAUGAUAAAGAAACAAUUAUUGUCAUCAAAUGAAAAUGGAAUUGGGUACAUGCAUAUGAGAAGUAGCCCGCCACCAGAAUACAGCACUGAAACAGUAGCUGUUAUUCAUCAAUCGUCGAAUAGGGACAGAGAAGGAAAAACAAAGAUUAAAAAACGAAUACCAUCUGUGAUCGAUAUGGAAUCACAACAACAAAAGACAUUAUAUCCGCAACAUUCCAAAUCAGCUGUUCAGCGGCAAAUUGCUCGACGUACAUCAAGCGGAUCGGAACAUUCUAAAAGCCAUGGAGUACCAUCGCAGCAGCAGCAGUCAGCAAAAAAUCGUCAAAUCAAACAAAUUAAAAGAUUGGAAGAUGGUACCUCGAGCACAAGCAAUGCUAUUCAGAGCACAGCUUCUGAACGAUUGAACGAUCAAGAACAUAGAAAUUAUGUGAUAACACCGGAAAUGAAGCGAUCUAAAUCACCGAUUUUGAUGCGGUUAUUGAUGAACAAAAGAAAGCGAUGUCAUUCUACAAGUCCCACUGCUGCACAAAAACAGUCAGAUAGUAGCUUCGAGCAGCCUCGGGCAUUAGAAACUAAUGUUGAUCAAAGCCUACAAUCGCCAUUGAGAAAUUACGGACGAUUGGUACAUGAGUAUGAGGUGGAGGAACGACCUCAGGAUGGGACGAUUCAUUUAUCGGAGGAAAGUGCUAUAGCAGCAACAACUCCUCGACAAAAUUUUCGUACAGAAAAAGCAGGGAUUGGAAUGAAAUCUGGUUAUGGUGGUAAUGAACAUAAUCAAUUGUUUGAUGCUAAACAGUUGAAUCUCGAAGAAGGCCUUACACCACAUCCAUAUAAAAAGGAUCCAUGCAUAGAAGUAGCAGUCGUAAAUCGUAAAAAGGAUUAUUCGGCUGAGCGUAAAAAGAAACUGUUGAAAUUGCUCUGUUUUAUUUUUUGCCCAAUUAUUUGUGUUAUUGCCGUUGCUGUUAUACUUGUCAUUCUUCUUUUCGUUCUUUGA